CGCCGCUGGGCGCGCGGGAGGCGCCGUUGGGCGCGCGGCCCCCUGAGGCCGUGAGGGGACCGAGCGGGUCCCGGCCACCCCAUGGUCCAGCGCCGUCCGGGAUGUCGAAGACGCUGAAGAAGAAGAAGCACUGGCUGAGCAAGGUGCAGGAGUGCGCGGCGUCCUGGGCCGGGCCCCCCGCCGACGAGGGCGCCCCGCUGCGGGGCGGCGCCGAGCGCGGACAGUUCCCCUACCUGGGCCGGCCCGGAGAGGAGCCCGGGGCGCCCACCUGCUGCGUGGUGUCGGGCCGGCCGCCCGGGCCCGGGGACAUCCUGCUGGAGGUCAACGGGACCCCCGUCAGCGGCCUCACCCACCGGGACACCCUGGCUGUCAUCAGGCACUUCCGCGACCCCGUCCGCCUCAAGACGGUGAAGCCAGGAAAAGUCAUCAAUAAAGACUUGCGUCAUUAUCUGAGCCUUCAGUUCCAGAAAGGAUCUAUUGAUCACAAACUCCAGCAGGUGAUCAGAGACAAUCUCUACUUGAGAACCAUCCCAUGUACUACAAGGGCCCCUAGGGAUGGUGAAGUCCCUGGGGUCGACUAUAAUUUCAUUCCUGUCGAGCAGUUCAAAGCCCUGGAGGAGAGUGGAGCAUUGUUAGAAAGUGGAACAUAUGAUGGAAACUUCUAUGGAACUCCCAAGCCUCCAGCAGAACCUAGCCCUUUUCAGUCAGAUCCAGUUGAUCAGGUGCUCUUUGAUAAUGAUUUUGACACAGAAUCCCAACGAAAAAGAACCACAUCAGUCAGCAAAAUGCAAAAAAUGGAUAGUUCUCUUCCUGAGGAAGAUGAAGAAGAAGAUAAAGAAGCUCUUAAUGGCAGCGGGGUUUCAGUCACAGAAAAUAAAGACAGAUAUUCAGAUUCUUCCGAUUGGAUGAAGACAGUUCCUAGUUACAACCAGACCAACAGCUCCAUGGACUUCAGAAAUUAUCUGACAAGAGAUGAAAGCUUGGAACCUCUGCCCAAGAACUGGGAAAUGGCCUACACUGACACUGGGAUGAUCUAUUUCAUUGACCACAACACCAAGACAACCACCUGGCUAGACCCCCGGCUCUGUAAGAAAGCCAAAGCUCCCGAAGACUGUGAGGAUGGAGAACUUCCUUAUGGCUGGGAGAAAAUAGAAGAUCCUCAGUAUGGGACAUACUAUGUUGAUCAUAUUAAUCAGAAAACCCAGUUUGAAAAUCCAGUGGUGGAAGCCAAGAGGAGAAAACAACUAGGACAUAUUGAUGUUGGCUCUUCAAAAUCAGGUGUAGAUGUGGAGAAUUUGCUCUUCACCAGAGACCCCUCCCAGCUUAAAGGUGUCCUUGUACGAACAUCUUUGAAAAAAAGUACCAUGGGAUUUGGUUUCACGAUCAUUGGUGGGGACAGGCCAGAUGAGUUCCUUCAGGUGAAAAACGUACUGAAAGAUGGUCCUGCAGCUCAGGAUGGAAAAAUCGCACCAGGUGACGUUAUCGUAGACAUAAAUGGCAACUGUGUCCUUGGCCAUACCCAUGCCGAUGUUGUCCAGAUGUUUCAGUUGGUCCCUGUCAACCAGUAUGUGAAUAUGACCUUGUGUCGUGGUUACCCUCUUCCUGAUGACAAUGAAGAUCCUGUUGUAGAUGUUGUUACUGCUACCCCUAUCAUGAAUGGACAGCCAAUAACCAAGGGAGAGACUUGUGUCAACAACCAGGAUUUUAAACCGGGGACACUGGUUUUGGACCAGAACGGGAAACCGGGUCAUGUUUUGGUCAAUGGUCGGCUCAAUGGCCCUGCCGACCCAAGCGAACAAAGAGUGUCUGUGGCAUCCUCGGGCAGCUCCCAACCAGAACUAGUUACCAUUCCUUUGAUUAAAGGUCCUAAAGGUUUUGGGUUUGCGAUAGCUGACAGUCCAACUGGGCAGAAAGUAAAGAUGAUAUUGGACAGCCAGUGGUGUCAUGGCCUUCAGAAAGGGGAUGUAAUCAAGGAGAUUUACCACCAAAAUGUGCAGAACUUAACACAUCUCCAGGUGGUAGAGGUGCUGAAACAGUUUCCAGUAGGAGCAGAAGUACCAUUGCUCAUCUUGAGAGGAGGUCCUCCUUCACCAGCUAAAAUUGCCAAAGUGAAGACAGAUAACCAGGAUAAUUUGGGAAGUUUGGAGGCCAUCAGUGAUUCCAUCCCACAACCUAUGCCUUUUCCACCCAGUAUUGUUAGGUCAGGAUCCCCGAAACUAGAUCCUUCUGAAGUAUAUCUGAAGUCUAAAACUAUAUAUGAAGACAAACCUCCAAACACAAAGGACUUGGAUGUUUUCUUGCGAAAACAGGAAUCAGGAUUUGGCUUCAGGGUCCUCGGAGGUGAUGGACCUGAUCAAUCUAUUUAUAUCGGAGCCAUUAUUCCCUUGGGAGCAGCCGAGAAAGAUGGUCGGCUCCGGGCUGCAGAUGAGCUAUUGUGCAUUGAUGGAAUCCCUGUUAAAGGAAAGUCGCACAAACAGGUCUUGGAUCUAAUGACCACUGCUGCUCGAAAUGGUCAUGUGCUGCUGACUGUUAGAAGGAAGAUCUUCUAUAAGGAGAAACCUCCUGAGGAUGAUGAUGCUCAGACCUUGAUCUCAACCCAGAAUGGAUCUCCCAGAAUGAACCGAGUCGAUCUCCAAGCCAGGACUCUUCCCCCAGAGGCCUAUGAUGUUGCCCUGCAGCGUAAAGAAAAUGAAGGAUUUGGCUUUGUCAUCCUUACCUCCAAAAAUAAACAGCCUCCUGGAGUGAUUCCUCAUAAAAUUGGGCGUGUCAUUGAAGGAAGCCCUGCAGAUCACUGUGGGAAACUGAAAGUGGGCGAUAGGAUCUCUGCAGUGAAUGGACAGUCUAUCAUCGAGCUCUCUCACGAUAACAUCGUUCAGCUGAUCAAGGAUGCUGGUGUCUCAGUCACACUCACUGUCAUUGCUGAGGAAGAACACCGCGGGCCGCCGUCAGGAACAAACUCAGCCAGGCAAAGUCCAGCCCUGCAGCACCGACCCAUGGGACAGACUCAGGCCAACCUCAUAGCUGGGGACAGGAUUGUUUUGGAAGGUGAUAAUGGAAAAGAUGUCUCUGGGGCUUAUCGACUCUCAUGGUCUGAUCACAAGCACCUCACGCAACCUGAGAAUGCCCUCAUCUCCAUUGUAGGCAGUCGACACACUCAGAGUCUUGGCUGUUAUCCAGUAGAACUGGAAAGAGGUUCAAGAGGCUUUGGAUUCAGUCUCCGUGGGGGAAAGGAGUAUAACAUGGGGCUUUUCAUCCUUCGACUGGCUGAGGACGGCCCUGCCAUUAAAGAUGGGAGAAUUCAUGUUGGUGACCAGAUUGUCGAAAUCAAUGGGGAGCCCACCCAAGGGAUUACUCACACUCGAGCGAUUGAGCUGAUUCAGGCUGGAGGAAACAAAGUCCUUCUUCUCUUGAGGCCAGGCACUGGCCUGAUACCCGAUCAUGGUGAUUGGGAUGUUUUUAAUCCUUCAUCUUCAAGUGUAAUUUAUGAUGAACAGCCACUCUUUUCCUCACCUUCACAUACUGCUUCCACGUUUGAAGUAACUCAAAUGCCAGUAUCUGAAGAAGCUUUAAUGAGAGUUCAGAUGUGUGAGAAGGUGGAAGAAUUAAAGGACACUGAAAAGAAAAGCACUUUAACCGAAACCCAGACUGAGCUAGAGCAUCAAUCUUCUGUCCAGAAAAAUGUGAAUAGGAAGGCUUCGCCCAACUGUAAUCAGAGGCGCAGCGAAAAGAAAAAUAAUUUAGAAACCGAAAGAGCCGUUGCAAGAAGAGGGAGAUCGGCUAGUCCAAAAAAAUCAAGCAACAGAUAUUCGGGAGGACAAGAAAAGCAUUCCGAUCCUAUAAAAGACAGCCCCAAAAGAAGGUCCAAAGAUCGAUCCCUGAGUCCGAGGAAAGUUGGGAACAAAAUUUCACCCGGCGACACGGAUGCUGCUUCCGGAAGAGAUCGUUUCAGAAGAGACAGAGGAAGAUCUGCCAGCCCAAAGAAGCAACCAAAGAUGGAAGGGAACAGAAGCCAAGGGAAUGCUGAAAAUCAGUUACCAGCGAAUCAAGGUAGAAGAACUGGUGAUGAGCCUGCAGCACAGAUUAAAGAUGGAAAGGAAACAGCAGGCGUUCCCGGGAAAGACUUAAAACCAAGUCAGCGUGGAAAGAAUGAGGCCCAGUCUCCAACGAAAAAAAGCCAGAGAGGGGAUGAGAAGUGGGUUUCAUCCAAAAAGGCUAAUGACACCCUGAAGAAAGGACUAUCUGAAGGUGGCAAGAAAGCAGCCGGAAGCGGCAAACUUUCAGACACACAGCUCCAUUUAGAACCUGAAGAUCCAACUGCUCUGCCCAGAACAGAAGACCUCAAGGAAGGAGAACUGGAGACCACUGAAAAAACCAAAGAUAACGGGUUGGCCAAACCUGAGGGCAGUUCUCCCGUCAAGAAAGCAACAAUUACUCCCGGGCCAUGGAAGGUACCCAGUGCCAGUAAAGUCCCAAGCGCCACAGGGGUGACCGAGAAACGGAUGUGACCCUUUUCCUGAAACUGAAAAUGACAGUGUGGUUUUUCAAAUUAAAAAUCAGAAUCCUGGAAUAUAUACUUCGGUUUGAUCUCUGAAUUAACUAGGUUGCAUGAAGGACCUUUAGUUUAGGAUUGCUAAAAAGAAGCUGGCGCCCACAAAGGUCAUGACCCUCACUUGCAGGUGUUCCCGCUGCUCAUCCGACAUUGCACCGCUACAGCUUUCAAAUCGUAUUGUGAGUGUCUGAACAAAAUGGUAUGUCUGUAGUGCCAGUGUGAUUUCGACUCACCCCUUGUCCUCGUGCCAAGUUAUCUACUGUAUCACGUUGGUUUUCAUCCUCUUCCUUCCAUUUUUGCAGUAUUGGAAGAGCUAGACUUGAUUUGGAAGUUGAUGUCUUGGAUAGCAUGUUGCAUGUGUAAGGAGGGAAAAACUUCUAGGUUGUUGCCGAUUGACUGAAAAGGAGAUACUCCUAAUUGAUCAUUGGAAAGUGGCAAAAGCCUUUUUUUUUUUUUUUUAAACACCACUGACAUUAGUGCCUGAUCUGACUUUUUUGUUUUUUAACUGAACACCACGACAAAACCCACAAAUUUUAAAGGAAAAAUAUAGCCUGCUACUCAAAAAAUGUGGACGUUAAGAAGCUCAAAAUACAUUCUUUCAUUAGAAAGCUAUGACAAGGUGCUUUCAGUAACCCCAAGACCUGUCGUUCACCUUCUGGUUUCAUAUUCAGAAUUCAUUAAUGUCAUCCUCUUCAGCCAUAAAAUGCACUCUUCCCAAU